AUUGUGUGCGUUUUUGACGCCUCCCAUACGGACCUGAGGGAUUCGGCUUCAUAGGAUCUUUACACUCUGCGGCGAAUAAGGGAUAGUCAUUUGUCAUUGAUGACUGUGAAAGCGGCGUUCACACUUAGAAUGUAGACGAAAUGUGAUAGGCAUUAUAGUGUUGGGAUUGGAUGGUUUAGCAAUGCUAUCCCAGACAUUUCUGCAACAAUGGUCGCCAGGUGAAUUGUCCGUAUGAUAUUUCGACGAUGGCGACACCUGCAGAGCACGACCUUGCAUUAGCUGAAGCAGAGAGCAACAAAGAGAAGUCUCAAGUAUUCGGAAUCCUUAGGUUUCAGGAAGAAAAAUCGACCGGUGAAAAAGCUAGCACCACCACGUCCACGACCAUGAGAGCCGGGGACGGGAGAUGGCAGGCACCCAUAUUUGCACUAGCCAGGAAAGCAUCAGAGACCUUUUCAGGAAGCAGCAGUCAUGUUUUGGCGAAGGUAGCGGAACCCACAUCUUUUGUAAACGAAUGGAGUGCCCAAGCUCUGCGGGACCCUAUGGCGAUGGAGAGAGCCAACCUGCUGAACAUGGCCAAGCUCAGCAUCAAAGGCCUGAUCGAGUCGGCCCUCAGUUUUGGACGCACCCUGGACUCCGACUACCCUCCACUCCAGCAGUUCUUCGUUGUCAUGGAGCACUGCCUCAAACAUGGUCUCAGAGUGAAGAAGUCAUUUCUUGGAUACAACAAGUCUCUGUGGGGUCCUCUGGAGAUGGUGGAGAAGUUGUGUCCCGAGGCAGGAGAGAUCGCAGCCAGUGUCAGGGACCUACCAGGACUAAAGACUCCGCUGGGCAGAGCUCGGGCCUGGCUGCGUCUAGCCCUGAUGCAGAAGAGGCUGGCUGAUUACCUCCGCCUUCUGAUCACCAGAAAGGACCUGCUAAGUGAUUUCUAUGAGAAUUCGGCUGUGAUGGUAGAGGAGGAGGGUGCUGUCAUCGUUGGCCUGCUGGUGGGACUCAAUGUGAUCGAUGCCAACCUUUGUGUCAAGGGAGAAGACUUGGAUACACAGGUUGGGGUCAUUGACUUCUCCAUGUACUUGAAAAAUGACAUUGAUGACUACAGAAGUGAAGAAAGAAAUGGUCAAAUAGCAGCCAUCCUGGACCAGAAGAACUACGUUGAAGAAUUAAACAGGCAGCUUAAUUCUUCAGUACACGGCUUACAAGGGAGGGUCGAUAACUUGGAGAAAUCAAACUCUAAACUCAUUGAGGAGCUGGCGAUUGCAAAAAACAACAUAAUCAAACUACAAGAGGAGAAUCAUCAGCUUAGAAAUGAGAACACUAUUAUUCUCAUGAAAGCUCAGCAGCAACUUGAGGUGACCCAGGUGGACGUGGACGUGGAGCUGGACACCUACAAGAAGUCGAGGCAGGGCCUGGACGAGAUGUACAACGAGGCCAGGAGGCAGCUCAGGGAGGAGUGUCAACUACGCCAGGAUGUGGAGAAUGAGUUGGUGGUGCAGGUGAGCAUGAAGCAGGAAAUGGAUCUGGCCAUGAAACUGUUGGAGAAGGACAUCCACGAAAAGCAGGACACACUGAUCGGCCUCCGCCACCAGCUGGACGAAGUCAAGGCCAUCAACGUGGAAAUGUACUCAAAAAUGCAGACUUCCGAUGACGGCAUGAAACAGAAGAACGACAUGAUCACUCGUUUGGAGGAGAAGACCAAUCAAAUCACAGCAACCAUGAAACAGCUGGAACAAAGAUUACAGGAGGUUGAUCGGGACCGCUGGACCGCAGAAGAUGGAACGCGCAAAUUCAAGCAGGACUUUGUCAACAAAGCCGACAGCCUCCAAAAGCAGAUAGCCCAGAGAGAGAAGCAGAGGUUGCAGCUGGAGACAGACCUAAAGAUUGAGAAGGAGUGGCAGCAGACCUUACAAAACAACCUGGAGAGGGAGCGAGACAUCGUCGCCCAGCUCAGUGCUGAAGCCCAGCAAAUAAAUGGACUUAAAAAGGAGUUCCACAGGCUGCAGGAUGAAAACAGCCAGCUGACUGGAAUAUGUGACGAACAGGAACAGGCCCUGGAGGAGCUGGGAUGCAAACUUAGCGAAUCAAAACUUAAAAUCGAGGACAUAAAAGAGGCAAAUAAAGCUCUUCAGUCGCCUAGCUUACAAUCAAAUAUUCCAGGGGGGACAGAUCUGGCUGAAGGACAAAGACGCCAACAUAUGUAAACUGUGUGAGAAGGAGUUCUCCAUCUCUCGGAGAAAGCACCACUGUAGAAACUGUGGGGAGAUCUUCUGCAAUGCCUGCUCUGACAACGAGCUGCCCCUCCCUGCCUCGCCAAAACCAGUGAGGGUCUGUGAUACGUGCCACGCCCUUCUUCUCCAACGCUGUUCCUCAAAUGCCACAUGAGGUGCCUCCUUUCAGCCCCAUCCACAGCUUUUACUUAGCCCCCCCUCUGAGUUUGUGUGACUGUUAUCAGGUAUCAAGCAUUCAUGUUCUCCUAGGUGUUGUCCUUUGUGUAACAUGAGAUUUGAGAUGUUAUAUCUGUGACACUUAUAUGACACUAAGGCUGCGUUUAGAUAGGCAGCACAAUUUUGAUGUUUUUUAAACUUUUGACCAAUCAUAUCAGAUAAUUUGCCAAUAAUUGGGCAGAAGAUCAGAAUUGGGCUGCCUGUCUCCACAAUAGACUAAAACCAUGUGGGCAGCUGAGCAUAUCGUUCUAAAUUUGCAGUAAGAAUAUCAAGAGACGAUGCAAAGUAUGUUUCUCUACGAACGGAGGAAUACAGUGGUUGAGCCUGUUGUGAUAAGCCAUGGAGUCAUUGGACAUAAUCAUAUUUUGGUUUUGUUGAGUCGUGUUAUUUCACUUGAUUGUGGAUGGUCUUACCUGUUGUAAUUCACACGUGCCUCUAAUAAGCCAAAAUACUGAAUGAGUACCAUUCACAGAUUUGUUUCUGCAUGAAUAGAAUGCAGGCACAUUUCAGAAGUAUGUUUACCAAAAGCACUAAUGUUCCCAAUGCUGCCUUGGUGAUGAAGAAGAAGAAACUACAUGAAACAGCACAGCAAAUGUAUAUGUUGUACUUUUGAUUACUGACUGAAAAACACAAUAUUAACUUAAGUAGGCCUCAUUAAUUAUUAACUUAACAAUAACUAUUAUUAUCGUAAAAAUAUACUGUAGCUACCUAACGUAGCAAAUGAUUACGUUUGCAAACAUACCCAUCUUGUAUUUAUUUUUAUAAAGUGAAGAAAAAAUAUUUCAUUUCAGAGUAUUUGUUAUUUUUCUGCACAUUUUAUUUGAAUAUUUGUCAUACAAGUUUAAAAUCUUGUAUCAAAGUGACAAAUAAUUUCAGAUGUACUGUACAUUAAUUUGUGUGUACCAAAUUAUACACUUGUUGUAUAUUUUGUUUUGUAUUCAAUCAGCAAAACAGUGUGUUUCAAUGUUUAAUUUUCCAAAACUGGAAUGAAUACUUUUCAUUAAAAAUAAAUGGAUAUGGUACAU